UGCGUGACCAGUGUGCCUGAUAUAGGAAGUGAAAUAAAACCUGUUUCAAGCUGGGAUGAGGAAGGUGACAAAACCAUUGAGAGCAAUGACGAUUCAACAAACCAGCCGGCUCAUUCAGCUGAAGUGCAGGUCCCAGCAGGAGAUGUUUAUGCAAGGAAUAACAUCAGAAAUUUUUUGGAUUACCUUAUGGAGAAUACAAUGGCUGUUGGACCAGAAGUAAAUGGGGAUUACUACAAUCAAGAGGGCAAUGAGGAAGAGGAACAGGAAGAGGAAGAUGAAGACGAGGAAGAGGAAGAAGAGGAGGAGGAAGAUAAUGAUGAUGCAGUUGAUAUGCCUGUAGAACUAGAGCUAAAUGAAGAGGAGGAGGAAGAGGAGGAGGAUGACAUUGCUAGUGCCACCAACCCAGCAUUUUCACUUAGCAACAUUCAGGCAUUGUUUGGUCAGAUUGAUGAGGAUCCAGUGAGUGAAAGUGACGAUACCAGUGAUGGUGUUGGUGCCAGCCCAAUGCUAACAUUUGGAAAUUUCCUUGCAAUGAUAGGUCAACGAGCAGAAAGUGACAACAAUCAGGAAGAUGAGGAAGAGGAGGAGGAAGAGGAAGAGGAGCGAUGGCAUUCAGCAAGUGAUGAAUUUCACACACAUGUCUGGGGAGAGGAUGAUAGUGGACAAAUGCCCAGCAGAAGUGAAGUGGAAGAACAGGACUCUGAUCCUUUCAUUUCUGAUUGGCAGUUUGUCACCCCAGAGAGUUUUCUUGAAGAGUGAUAUAUUUUAUUUUGUGCUUGGUUGUUAAAAAUAUCUGAUGCUGUACAGUGAUUGCUCUCAGUGACAAGCUUAUGAAGUGGAACACAAUAUCAAUAGCGUAAAUAGUCUAAGUAUAUGAGAAGUUUUCUAUCUGCAUUAAUUUAUUAUGCAGUGGAGACAUAUGAUGAUUGAAUAUGCCAUUUUCAAUGAGAUUUUGAUGACCUUUACAUGAAGAAUUCAUUUUGAAGUGGUUGUGGACAAACAAUAUGUAAAGUGUGGUGUGAUGAUUUUUUAAACAAUUUAUAUCUAGCAGAAUUAGAAAAAACUACUUACAAAUUCUCUGUUGUGGGUUUGAUCAUUUCAAAAUGUUCUCUUCUCUUAUAAACAGUCAACAUAGAUAUUUAACAAAUAAAAUAAAAGCAAACACUUGAAAAGAUAUGUUGAAAUUUAGCAGAGAUGUGACUGUUAAAAGUGAACUGAAUAAGUAACUAAGGUGUGAACUGUUGAAUAUAUUUUCAAAGGACUGGAAAUACUGAGGUAAUGGUAAUAUUUUUUUCCCCAAGCAAUGGGGCACAUGUCAGACGUAGAUAAGAACAUGUUUUCUUUAUAUACUGUAUAAAUGAAUCAAUGCUUCUUCAAUUAUAGUUCCAGAACUUACUUGUGUGGAUGUGAUUGCUGUUUUAAGCAAUGGAAACUAUUAUUAGACAACCCUAAUUAUCAGUUGAUGUAGAAAUAUUAUUAGGAGCUGAUGGAAAAUUUAGUUGUUCCAUGUUUUUGUCUGCUUUCUAUGAGUGAAAUUUUGAAAUAUUAAGCAAGAUCCAUAAUUAUAAUUUUCACGUGCUGUUUUCUUGCUAUAGUGUCCUCCCAGGACAGAGGCACAAUACCAUAGCUUUCUCAUAAAAUGUAUUCAGCACAAUUGUAUCUGUGAUGAACAUUUAAUACAAUUUUUUGUAAGAAUAGUGCCACAGAAAUGAUAAACAUAUUUCAGCUUUUCUGUGGUCAAGACUCAAAAUGGUAAAGUGAAAUGAAAAGGCACAAAUAUUCAGUCCAAAAUGCUCAACCCCAAGACUUCAGUGAUAUACUGACAAAUAUAAUAUUCAUGCACCAUUUCAUAUUAGCUAAUAGUGAGAAAAUGUCCAACAGAAUCACCAAUUUUUUAAUAUUUGUUAUUAUUUAGGUGUUAUUUCUGCUCUUUGUUAUGGGGUGGUCAUAAAAUGUUUAUCAUUAUAUUAUAUUUUUUGUUAUUGCCUAAUAUACACACAUAUAUAUACAGUAUAUAUAUAAUUCUUUUAUCUUUGGAGAUAUAUAUAUAUAUAUAUUAAGUUGCAUGGGAACACCCUAAUUAUUAAUUACUUUUGUUUAAAACCAUAUGAAGAAUUUUAAAGUUCUAAUACAUUGCUGUUCCUUUAUCUUAUAACCUGUCAUCCAUUUAGAAAAGAUUGUUAGGUAUACAACAAGUGUAAGUGCAUUGGCAGUACAUGCUAGUGUGCACACAUGUAUACAUAUAUGCCUAAUCUUCAUUCCCUUCACUGUGGUUACCCAAGUGUUCUUCCUCUUCAGUACCUCUGCUCAAAUUGAUAUUUCAUUCCAAUAUUUUUGUCAAAUUUUCUUUUAGGUGUGAUCAUUUUACAGUUUAUUACAUUCCCCUUUCCUUUGGAGUAUGGUUGCCAGUGUUGUUUUUUGUUAUUUUUUGUAUUAUUUUAAUUAUAAUUAAUAUUGUAAUUAUUAUCACGAUAAUUAUCAUUUUUAUUAUUAUCACUAUCAUCAUCAUCAUAGAAGGUUUUGCUUUGCAACCUUAUUUUGAAUGGUAAAAUAUAAUGAUAACAUCAAGAUUAAGCAGCAAUGGUGCCUUUAAAUUGUGAAUGUAUGACAAACAUAAACUGUCUUUUUGAUUUAUUUUACUGCAAUUUUUUUUAUGACUCAUGUCUUUAAUAUAAUGUCUUUCUCAUUUUCUGUAUCAUUACCUUUGAUAUAGGCUUUUUUUUCUUUCUUUCUUGGGUGAAAAUCUUCCCAAAUUUACUGGCUGUAAGGAUAAAAUAUCACAAUAUGUCAAACCUUUACUAAAGUAACUGGAUUUUAGGACAGAUUUCUGGAACACAGUUUGUGGUUCUUCAUUUAGUCGAAAGUUACCAUUUAUUACUCAAAUUUUUUUGUUAUUCAAACUGUAAGCCAGAUCUGAAGCUUAUAUUUUAUUUUCUGGAUUGAAGGAUAUAAUUUCAUCUAAAUAGGUUCAUAAUUUGUGUGUUAGUACUACAUUAAGUCCAAAUUCAGAUGAUAAACAGUCAUCUUUAUACACAUGAAAACUUACUCCUUUAUAUGUCAAUAUAAACUUUCCCUUUAUAUGUCAUUAUAUAUCCAUUACUGAUGUAUCGACCAUUGAACUGCAGAACUUCACUUCAGUUUUUCUUCAAAUAUGGAUAUUAGGGGCUGAAAUAUAUACAGCAUGUUAUAUAACUAUCAACUAAUUAAUAAAUAAAGUGUGGCGACUGGCAAACAAAGCUGUGAAUGGCUCAAUGCAUCAAUUACUUGGUUUUAUAAAAAUAACUGACACAAAAUUUUUUCAAAGAUUUUAUUAUAAACUUUAUAUAUACAGGCAUAGAGAUAAUAAUUCAAAUAAGACUGAAAUUUGUCACACAAAAUUUUAAGACAGAUAUUAACUUGAAUCUCUGUUUAGAUAAAUAUGUCAAGAGAGUUAUCAGGGUAUUUCAAAUGGUAACCUAUGAGAAUUAUAUACAAACAGUAGCUUACAAAACUUGAUAAUUAAAAUGGCCAUGAACAAUAAAA